AUGGCUUCCAACGAUGUUGUAUCGAUAAAAUCGGAGAAGAAACGUUUCGAAGUGAAAAAGUGGAACGCAGUUGCUUUAUGGUCUUGGGAUAUCGUUGUAGACAACUGCGCUAUUUGCCGUAAUCAUAUUAUGGAUUUAUGUAUAGAAUGUCAAGCUAACCAAGCGUCAGCAACUAGCGACGAAUGUACUGUAGCUUGGGGCGUUUGUAACCACGCGUUCCACUUUCACUGUAUAUCAAGAUGGCUCAAGACUCGCCAGGUGUGCCCUUUAGAUAAUAGUGACUGGGAAUUUCAAAAGUAA